AGCGUACGCCUCGGCCCCAUUGCGAGCUAUGGGAGGCGGCUGGUGGUGGGCUCGGGUCGCGCGCCUGGCCCGCCUGCGCUUCCGGGGGUCGCUGCUGCCACCGCAGCGGCCCCGCAGCGGGGGCUCGCGCGGAUCCUUCGCCCCCGGCCACGGCCCACGCGUGGGGGCCUCGCCGCCCCCGGUGUCUGAGCUCGAUCGCGCGGACGCUUGGCUCCUCCGCAAGGCACACGAGACAGAGGGGAGCACCAGGGAUAAAACAAGAGUGCGGCUAACCCGCAGAAGAUGGGGAAGUUCCGGAUUGGGCCAGCGCGCAACCAAUGCUUUCCUCUCCUGGUUCCGAAAUGGCCUUCUGGCAUCAGGCAUCGGGGUCAUCUCCUUCAUGCAGAGUGACAUGGGCCGCGAAGCUGCCUACGGCUUCUUCCUGCUGGGCGGCCUGUGCGUGGUGUGGGGCGGAGCCUCGUAUGCAGCGGGGCUGGCAGCACUACGGGGACCCAUGCAGUUGUCUCUUGCGGGUGCUGCGGCUGGGGUGGGGGCAGUGCUGGCCGCCAGUCUGCUGUGGGCUUGCGCUGUAGGCCUCUACAUGGGCCAGUUGGAACUGGACGUGGAAUUGGUUCCUGAUGAUGAUGCGGCCGCCCCUACGGAAGGCCCGGACGAAGCAGGCCGGCCACCACCCGAGUAAACAGCUGUGGGGACUGGCUGGGCCGGAGGACUUGGGACAUUAAACCUGACCCUUCAGCAGUUCGA